CGGCGGCGCUGGCAGCAGCAGCUGGCGAAGCAGAGCGAGAAACUCCCACACGCUGACAUGCCCCACGUCUAGUAUAACCGGAUUCCCCUGCGCUACGACCCAUUCCUCUUUGCGGCUCUCUCGCUGCCUAGAACCUGCAGACCUCCGCCCCGUCCCCCCAGUCUAUAGACUGGAGGAUAAGAAAGAUCAAUUUCUCUUCCUCCACCCCGGGAAGAAGAGGAGCUGCGCAGCGUGGGGGACCCGGACGGUUUGGAAAUGCUCAUUCCCAAGCUCUUCCUCGCUUGCCUUCAGCUCUUCUGUAUCUGCCGACUGGAUUGGGCUUAUGGAUACUACAGACAACAACGAAAACUGGUGGAAGAGAUUGGUUGGUCCUAUACAGGAACACUGAGCCAAAAGAACUGGGGAAAGAAAUAUCCAACAUGCAACGGUCCCAAACAAUCCCCCAUUAAUAUUGAUGAAGAUCUUUCUCAAGUCAAUGUGAAUCUUAAGAAACUUAACUUUCAAGGCUGGGAUAAAGCAUCUUUGGGAGACACAUACAUUCAUAACACUGGAAAAACAGUGGAAAUAAAUUUGACAAAUGACUACCAUCUCAGUGGAGGUGGUAUGGAAACUACAUUCAAAGCAAGCAAGAUAACUUUUCACUGGGGAAAAUGCAAUAUGUCAUCUGAUGGUUCAGAACAUAGUUUAGAAGGACAAAAAUUUCCACUCGAGAUGCAGAUCUACUGCUUUGACCCGGACCAGUUUGCAAGUUUUGAGGACGCAGUUAAAGGGAAAGGAAAAUUAAGAGCUUUAUCCAUUUUAUUUGAGGUUGGAAUAGAAGACAAUAUGGAUUAUAAAGCAAUUAUUGAAGGAGUAGACAGUGUCAGCCGUUUUGGAAAGCAAGCUCCAUUAAAUCCAUUUGUUUUGCUGAAUCUUCUGCCAAACUCCACAGACAAGUAUUAUACUUACAAUGGAUCCUUGACCACUCCUCCCUGCACAGAAUCAGUUAACUGGAUUGUCUUUAAAGAUCCCAUUAGCAUUUCUGAAAGCCAGUUGGCUGUCUUUUGUGAAGUUCUUACAAUGCAGCAGUCUGGGUAUGUCAUGCUGAUGGACUACCUGCAAAAUAAUUUCCGGGAACAGCAGUACAAGUUCUCUAGGCUGGUGUUUUCUUCAUAUACUGGAGAAGAAGAGCUCCAUGAAACAGUUUGCAGCUCCGAACCAGAAAAUAUCCAAGCUGAUCCAGAGAACUUUACCAGCCUCCUUGUCACGUGGGAAAGACCACGAGUGGUUUAUGAUACUAUGAUUGAAAAAUUUGCAGUCCUCUAUCAGCAGUUAGAGGGAGAAGACCAGACUAAGCAUGAAUUUCUGACAGAUGGGUAUCAGGACUUGGGUGCUAUUCUAAAUAAUUUGCUGCCCAAUACAAGUUAUGUUCUUCAGAUUGUAGCUGUAUGCACUAAUGGUUUAUAUGGAAAGUACAGUGACCAACUGGUUAUUGACAUGCCUUCAGAUGAUACAGAGAUUGAUCUUCCUGAAUUCAUUGAAACAGGAGAAUUAUUCAAGGAGGAAGAUGAUAAGAAAGAGAUGGAACCAGAAACUGCAGUAAAUCCAAGUACAACUAGUGCUACAAGCCAGAUAAAGAGAAAGGAACCCCAAGUCACUACUACAUUAAACUACAAGAGAGAACAAUCGAGGACAAAACCCAAUAAGGACAAAACCAAUCAGUAUCUUACAGAAGGGAGGGAAUUCUCUGAAGAGGGGGAUGUCCAUAAUGUAAUCUUUUACAGUACUUACCAACCAGUAACUGAAUUAUCAGCCCAAGAGAAAGAUAUUUCUUGGAUUUCUCAAAAUAUUACCGAUGUUGUAGAAACCACUUCAUCUUCUCCACAUGAUGGUUCUAAAACUACUCUUCGCUUCUCACAGAUCAGUUCCUCUGAAACUUCAGAUUCUUCACGUGUCUCAUUAGCUGAAUCACAAGAAACGUCAACUGAUAGUCGCGAAGAAGAUAGUUUAUUAACCAACUUUCAAUUUGAAUCAGGUGGUGAUGAUUCUUCAGGCUCUGUUCCUGUAACUUCAGCUGGGCCAUUUGUAUCAGAGAACAUAUCUCACGGAUAUGUCAUUUCCUAUGAUGUCCUUCUGCCAGGGUAUACCAAAAACACUUCAAAAGAUUCAAAUUCAUCAGAUUCUGAAGAGUCCCUGAAGAGUCCUUCUGUUGAUGGAAACGUGUGGUUCCAUAAUAUGACAGAUUUGACAACUAGUCCUGAUGCUUCAUCAGGUGAUAGGAAAUUAUCUCAAACUAGCUCUACUGAUACAGUCAACAAGGAAUCAGCAGCAGCUACGGCGGCAUCUUCCAUUGGCCCGUUGGCGUCUCAGGAUACCUCAGUCGUGGAUCUAGAAAUGCCUCCCUAUUCCACCUUUGCUGACUUCCCUACUGAGGCAACCCCUCGUUCUUUCUCUCCAACCUCUGGACGUGGUGAAUCCACUUCUGCUGCCAGUGAGGUACUCUCUCAGACAACCGAACCGGGAUACAAUGGUGAGAUACCUCUCCAACCUUCCUACAGUAGUGAAGUGUUUCCUCUAGUCACCCCUUUGUUGUCUGACAGUCAGAUGCUCGACACUGCUCUCCCCGCUGCUUCAGGUAGUGAUCUGAUCUUGCAUGCUACACCUGUAUUCCCCAGUGUUGGUGUGUCAUUUGAAUCCACUCUGUCUUCCUAUGAUGAUGUACCUUUGCUUCCAUAUUCUUCUGCUUCCUUCAGUAGUGAAGUGCUUCACUAUCUGUAUACAGUCUCUCAAAUCUUUCCACAAGUUACUCCAGCUGUUGCCAGUGAUAAAGUGUCCCUGCAUGCUUCUUCACCAAUGGCUGAGGUUGUUGAUUCAUUAUUACCACCCAGUCUUGAUCAGUAUUCUGAUGUGAUGCCACAUCAGACUCCUCAAGCUACUUCAGAGACAUCUAGACUUGCUAAUGAGUUGGGUGCCCAUAAUAAAACACAUGUGCUUUCUCAAGUUGAACCAUCCAGCAGUGAUGUAAAGAUGCAUGUACUUUCUACAGUAUCUGAACUUGCUUUUGCUUUGUCCGAUAGAGGCUCCCUCCAGACUUCUCCUGUUUCCUAUGAUGCUACGGUGGCUGUGCAUGAUUCUGUUCACCAGGGUUCCUUAUCUAGCAGCUGUAACAAAGUACUGAUGCUUAAGCCUUCUGUUAUAGCCCAAAGUGAAUCUUUCCAGGAGCCUACAAAUGUUCUUUCUAGUGAUAUGGAUUGGUCUGGAGCAUACUCUGGUGGUAGCGAGUUCCUUUUGCCUGACACAGAUGUCUUGACAGCACUUAACAUUUCUUCACCUGUUUCUGUAGAUGAAUUUACAUAUACAACAUCUGUGUUUAGUGAUGUUAAUAAGCUGCUUCAUAAAAGUGAUGGAGAUGAGACAGUACAGCAGAUUUCCUCUUUUAAUGAAAUGGCUUACCAUUCUGAAAGUACAGUGAUGCCUGAACUCCCUACACCUAGUGACAACGUAAUUAAACGAAAUGUAUCUUUACAGGAAUCCUCAAUUCCUGUUUCUGACACAGAGGGAGUCCUUCCAGUGUCUCUUGCUCUUCCCACUCCUAAGGUUUUUGGUCCUGAAGUUAGUCAACCUUUGCAUGCUACAUCUCCAGCUUUUGGCGACACUUUGCUUAUGUUUAGUGCAAUCUCAGAGCAAGCUUUCUCUGCUGCUGCUUCUAGUGAAAUGUUGUUUCCAACACAGCCAUUGUUUUUCGAGGCCUCCUCUUCCUUAAGCAAUGAAGCCUUACUGCAAACUUCCUUUCAGUCCUCUGAUGUUGGCAGUCUGCUUAAAACUGUCCCAGCUGUGCCUAGUGAUCCAAUAUUGCUUGAAACCUCCAUGGUUGAUAAAAAUUGUUCUUCAAUAUUGCAUCCAAUGGCAUCUGAUUCUGCUUCAAGUAAAAACGUGCAGCAUUCUACCUCUGUACCAGUUGCUGAUAUGUUAUCACCCACCUCUAGCCUGCCCACUGCUUCGCUUCAAGGUUUAACCAUUUCUUAUGCAAAUGAGGACUAUGUCACAGCCAUUUUACUUAAAAGUGAAAUAUCACAGCAAGUUGAGCCUUCAUUGUAUAGUAAUGGUGAUUGGUUCCACUCUACCAAUGUGGGGAUUCCCAGUGCAUUUCCUCCCACAGCUGUACUUACAGUUGCGACUCCGAGUUUCUCCACUGAUAUGCUGCCAAAUACUCAUAUAAGCAAGCAUAUUUAUUCUGACGAAUUUCCUAACUAUAACACAAUUAGUUCUCUUAUUGAUGAUAUUUCAGCUCCUGUAACACUGGUUGCUUCCAGUACAAAUAAAUACAUCGAUCACCUUGCUCUUCCUUUACCAGAUGCACAUGUUUCUGUUACAGCUGCCUCUUCCACCAUUGAAGGCACUGAAACUUUAAGUGGCUUAAUAAUUCCCUCACAAAAAACUCCUGGGUUAACCCUGAGUACCAGGUCUAGUGCUAAUUUUGUAGUUGGUGGUGGCCGUGGUAAUGAUGAUGAGGAUGAUAGUGAUGAAAUCGAUGAUUAUGAUGAUGAUGGUAUAUCUGUAAAAAAUUGUAUCUCAUGUAUCUCAUAUAGAGAAUCUCAGGAAAAGAUAGUAGAUGAUUCAGAUGCUCAAGUAAACAAUUUUGUGGAUCAGAGUAACCUAAUCCCAUAUUUGCCAUCAGAGAAAUCUGAAGAAGAAAUGAAAACAGGAGGUUCAGUCUCAGAUAGUCAGCUAAGCUCUGGAAUGGAAAGAAGUCAUGAACAGCCCCCAUCGAUAAACAUGCUACCCCCAAAAUACAGUGAUGCAACAACAGUGGGAAAUUCUAUUCAGACUGGCUAUACCCAAUUUCCUGAUACCUCAGAAUCUAAGUCUUUGACUCUUUUCACAAGUGACGAAGAGAGUGGCUCUGGUCAAAGUACCUCAGAUAGUUUUAAUGAUAAUGAGACAUCAACAGAUUUCAGUUUUCCUGAUCUGAAUGAGAGAGACACAGAAGGAACCCUGCAAGCAGGUGACUCAGAAUUAACCCCUGGAUCACCACAGUCAUCAGCACCAUCUGUUACUAAUGGUCAAUCAGUGUUCAACGUUUCUGAGGCAGAAGCAAGUAAUAGUAGCCAUGAAUCUCGUAUUGGUCUAGCUGAGGGUUUGGAAUCAGAGAAGAAGACAGUUAUACCUCUUGUGAUCGUAUCAGCCCUGACUUUUAUCUGUCUAGUGGUUCUAGUGGGUAUUCUCAUCUAUUGGAGAAAAUGUUUUCAGACUGCACAUUUUUACUUAGAAGAUAGUACAUCACCUCGAGUCAUUUCGACACCCCCAACACCCAUCUUUCCUAUUUCAGAUGAUGUUGGAGCAAUUCCUAUAAAACACUUUCCAAAGCAUGUUGCAGACUUACAUGCAAGUAAUGGGUUUACUGAAGAAUUUGAGACACUGAAAGAGUUUUACCAGGAAGUGCAGAGCUGUACUGUUGACCUAGGUAUCACAUCAGACAGCUCUAACCACCCAGACAAUAAGAAUAAGAAUCGAUACAUAAACAUUGUUGCUUAUGAUCAUAGCAGGGUUAAACUCUCACAGCUUGCAGAAAAAGAUGGCAGACUGACUGAUUACAUCAAUGCCAAUUAUGUAGAUGGCUACAACAGACCCAAAGCUUAUAUUGCAGCUCAGGGCCCAUUAAAAUCAACGGCAGAAGAUUUCUGGAGAAUGAUUUGGGAACAUAAUGUGGAAGUGAUCGUAAUGAUAACCAACCUAGUUGAAAAAGGACGAAGGAAAUGUGAUCAGUACUGGCCUGUUGAUGGUAGUGAAGAGUAUGGAAACUUUUUGGUCACACAGAAGAGUGUUCGUGUACUUGCCUAUUAUACUGUGCGGAACUUUACUCUUAGAAACACUAAGAUAAAAAAGGGUUCCCAAAAAGGAAGACCAAGUGGCCGUUUGGUUACACAGUAUCACUAUACUCAGUGGCCUGACAUGGGGGUCCCAGAGUACACUUUGCCAGUGCUCACAUUUGUACGGAAGGCAUCACAUGCUAAACGUCAUGCAGUGGGACCUGUUGCUGUCCACUGUAGUGCUGGAGUCGGACGAACAGGCACAUACAUUGUGUUAGACAGCAUGUUGCAACAAAUCCAACAUGAGGGAACUGUCAACAUAUUUGGAUUCUUGAAACACAUACGCUCACAAAGAAACUACUUGGUGCAGACUGAGGAGCAGUAUGUCUUCAUUCAUGAUGCCCUAGUUGAGGCCAUACUUAGUAAAGAAACAGAGGUGCUGGACAGUCAUAUGCACGCCUAUGUCAAUGCUCUCCUCAUUCCUGGACCAUCAGGGAAGACGAAACUCGAGAAGCAAUUCAAGCUUCUGAGUCAAUCUAAUAUACAGCAGUGUGAUUAUUCUACAGCCCUGAAGCAGUGUAACAGGGAGAAGAACCGAACUUCAUCUAUCAUUCCUGUGGAAAGGUCAAGGGUUGGCAUUUCAUCACUGGCAGGGGAAGGUACAGACUACAUCAAUGCUUCUUAUAUCAUGGGUUAUUAUCAAAGCAAUGAAUUCAUCAUCACUCAGCAUCCACUGCUUCACACCAUUAAGGACUUCUGGAGGAUGAUAUGGGAUCAUAAUGCCCAGCUCAUAGUCAUGCUGCCAGAGAGCCAGAACAUGGCUGAAGAUGAAUUUGUUUACUGGCCAAAUAAGGAUGAGCCUAUAAAUUGCGAGAGCUUUAAGGUUACCAUGAUUGCUGAAGAACACAAGUGUCUGUCUAAUGAAGAAAAACUUAUAAUUCAAGACUUUAUUUUAGAAGCUACACAGGAUGAUUACGUACUUGAAGUGAGACACUUUCAGUGCCCCAAAUGGCCAAACCCUGAUAGUUCCAUUAGUAAAACUUUUGAACUUAUAAGUGUCAUCAAAGAAGAAGCUUCUAAUAGGGAUGGACCCAUGAUUGUUCAUGAUGAGCAUGGAGGAGUGACCGCGGGAACUUUCUGUGCACUAACAACCCUCAUGCACCAGCUAGAAAAGGAGAAUUCUGUGGAUGUUUACCAUGUAGCCAAGAUGAUAAAUUUGAUGAGGCCUGGUGUCUUUACAGACAUUGAGCAGUACCAGUUUUUGUACAAAGCUAUCCUCAGCCUGGUUAGCACAAGGCAGGAAGAAAAUCCUUCCACAUCACUGGACAGCAAUGGCACAGCUUUACCUGAUGGAAACGUGGCAGAGAGCUUAGAGUCUUUAGUUUAACCCAUCGAAACAAUCCCUACAGUUGAGCAUUUUUGUUUUCAUCUUUAAAUUAUGUGGGAAAAUCUAUCCCCUCGCAAUGUCAUCUGUUUACUUCCCAUCAAGUAAAAGUACUUUUGAUGGUAUAUGAUCUUACUGCCAAACUGACAUCAUUAAUAAUGUGUGCCUUUUUUGCAAGAUUUCUUGUAAUCCAUUUGUUAUGUCUGAACUAAAUCGACUGAAUUUUACAGUGUUUCUAUUAACAGAAUUGUGGUGGUGUUUUGUUUUGUUUUUUUUUCAGUAUUAGUUUCCUACCAUCAGGUUUGAUUUUAACUGAAAAUCUAAAUUUAUAGAUACUAGGAGUUCUCAAGGACAUACAAACACUUUUGUUUGUAGGGUCAGAUCUAUGGCUGUAUUUGUAGCAAUCCUCCUUGUUUGCCAGAAAUAUAACUUUUAAUAUAGUUUAUUGUAAAUAAAACACUGUUCUCUGUAAUAUUCAGCAUUUUACAUCUGCAGCAUUUGCUUAAAGUAGAAAUAAUCCGAUACUUAACUGUAAAUACUGCUCUAGUAACUAUUCCAUGGACCAAAUUUAUAUUUAUAAUUGUAGAUUUUUAUAUUUUACUACUGUCAGUUUUCUAGUUCUGUGUACUUGCAUUGUUAAAAUGAUAUAGUUCACUUUCUGUUUUUACAUCAAGUCUGAUAUCUUAUUGUGCAGCUAAGUGAUUAAUCAUAUUCCAGCAUGUAAUUUUAACUUUU